GGAAGCAUCCGCGAUCCGCACCGCGACGCGACCGCACCAAUACCAAACCAAUAUGGAUGGAGUCUUUCACUCGUCCGGUUGUAAGUUUUGUUAUAUUGUACAGUAAGUCUAAAUAUAUCAACAGUUUUGCUACCAGACUACCGUUGAGAUGUUUAAAUACCUGAGAAAGUUUUAAAAUAAGUUAUUUAUUUAGCAGUUAUUUGUUGUGAUCUGUACCCAGUGGCAACAAAAAGUACCUACCAUAGAAGAUGGCGGAACAUGCUACUCCACGCGACAUUCACAUAACUUAUGUGGAUACAGAUGGUCCUCUUAUUAAAAUAUUUGCUCAAAUUGAUAAAGGUAAUCCAGAAUACAUUGAAAGGCUACUUUACCAAUUAAAGGAUGUCUUGGAAUCAACUGACCUUAAACCUCGUACUUUGAACGAUAUCAAGGAAGGACUCAUAUGCUGUGCCAAGUUCACGGAUGGUGCUUAUUAUCGCGCUAGGAUUGAACACAUAGACACCCAAAGUUUAAGUCUUUUAGUAUUUUUUAUUGACCAUGGGAAUGUUGCUCAAGUUGAUGUGGCAGAUGUCAGACUUCUUGAAAAAUUACAAUCUGUGUUGGGACAGGACAAAAUAGUCCAAUUCUUGAAGGGAGUAGUAGGUCUGGCUGAAGAGUUUUAUCUUGCAGGAGUGGCUCCUAAACGGAACCACCAGUGGGAUGAAAGUACCAUAGAAUCUCUACGAAAAGAGCUUUGCAAUUCAGAUCUUAAAGGCGUAAUUCAUGAAGUAGGAGAGAAAAAAAUUGUUAAUUUUGGUCUUGGCCUAUCUGUAAGAGAUCCGGCUAAAAUGAUUAUUGAGUCGGGUAAAGGAGUUCCACUUCCCUUGCACCACCUGGUUGAAUAUGUAAAGCUUAAGAAAUGUCCAACUGCAAACAAUCCCAAGGUUCAAGCACCAUUGCCACAACAUAUCAAUACAUCACUUCCACCUCCGAAACUGCCACCAGCUGUAGGCCUACAACAUGUUCCACAAGCAAGACUACCAAAUCUAUCGCAUCCUCCACCAGCUAGAUUACCCAAUGACUUAAACCCCAGAAAUGCCGUUAUUCGGCCAAGUGGUGUUCAUGUUAGACCUGGAGUACCUGGAAUGCAACUAAGACGACCAGAGGCUUCUAUUUCAAUACCAGCGGCUAAUCUUCAAUUUUCAACUGAAAUGUUGAAUCCAGGAGUCACACAUCGAGUUUAUGUGAGUCAUGUUGAAGAUGGCCCUCACAGUUUUGCAGUUCAACUUCAGAACGUUGUUGACGAAGUUUUGACUCGAAUGAUGUUGGACCUGAACAAUAUAGAACCACAACCAAUCACUACUCCUCUGAAUCCUGGGUCUAUCUGUGUUGGCCGCUAUGCCGAAGACAAGACUCUUUGCCGUGCGAUCGUCAUGAACGUCAUGGAUGACAAAUUGAAAUUGUAUUUUGCGGAUUUUGGAACGUCGGAGAUUGUGUCCUUCUCUGAGGUGUAUCAGAUCCCUCAACAAUUCGUAGCACCCAAAGUGAUGAGCCACCGAUUUACACUGGCCAAUAUCAAGGACAUUACCUACACAGAAGAAGAGAAAAUGAUGUUCAAGAAUCUGGUUGCCAAUGCUCGAGACCUGACGAUGACGGUUACUCCUCCGGAGGCUAACCCACUCAAGCAAUACUGUGAACUAUUCCUCCAUUGUAAGAACAUUAAGACCAUAAUGGCAGAACUAUCUCAGUCUCAACAUUUCUACCUCAGAUACUCUCCGGUCUCUUCUCCUCUCAAAGGGUCUCAAGAAAAAGUAUUUGUGUCCUACGUUGUGAAUCCUGGCAGAUUUUAUGUGCAGCUAGAUAAAAAUGAUUACUCUUUGAAUCAGGUGAUGAAAUAUGUAGCAGAUCACUGCUCCAGAGCUCCACACGUACCGUUGUCCAAUCAGAGGCCUGGAGAGCCUUGCUGUGCGUUGUUCAGUGAUGGAAUCUGGUACCGUGCUGAAAUAAUCCGACUCACCACUGACAACAAGGCUUUCAUCAACUUUGUAGAUUUUGGAAACGAGGAAGAGAUUGAAAUAACAAACCUGAGACAGAUUAGUCCAGAAUUAGUGAAGUCUUUGAAGGCACAAGCGAUUUUAUGUUCCCUAAUUGGAUAUGAGAACAGAUACAACGUAGCUGAAGAGAUAUCAAACCGAUUGGAGGAGCUGAUUCUUGAACAGCAGGUGAUGAUGCACGUGCAGGAUACUGUAGAAAUGCCAGGACAACUGAGCAAGCUGAUUGUGAGGCUGAUAAAUACAGAGGGAACGGACAUAAAUAAUGAGUUGGAAAUGAACCAAGCCCCGGCCCCCGUCCAAAACAGCUACCAGGCUCCAGCGCCAGCCAAGCCUACGCAUACAGCACAAAACAAUCAUGCUGACGGCGGCUGGGAAGAUACGUCAGCUGCUACUACACAGAAUAACAGCUGGGGACAGUCAGAAUCACACGGACAAAGGUACAAUAAAAGUUGGAAAGGACAAACACAUGAAUGGAGGGAUUGGCAUCAAGCACCAAACAAACAACCCCGUGAAGAAAAGAAGCAGUGGAGAUCGAGGGAAGGUGGUGAAGCCGAAUCAAGAUUUAAUAAAGAUAACGGAAGGCGAUUUAACAGAGAUGAUGAAAGCAAGCCUUUCAACAGAGAUGACAAUCGGAGUGGGAGAUUUAGUCGAGAUUCAGACUCUAAAGGUGAUGCAAGGUUCAACCGAGAUUCAGAUUCACGCGGAGGAAAGUUCAAUGAAGAGAGAGGAAAUAAGUACAACAAGAGUGACGAUGAAAAAUCAACAUGGAGGAAAAAAGAUGAUGACUCUGGUGGGUGGAAACCUCGAGGUGACCGAGAAAGUGGCGGUGGUUGGAAACCAAGAGAAGAAGGCAGUGGUGGGGGAUGGAAAUCCAGAGAAGAAGGCGGUGGUGGGGGAUGGAAACCUAAAGAAGGCGGCGGUGGUGGAUGGAAAUCCAGAGAAGAAGGCGGCGGUGGUGGAUGGAAAUCCAGAGAAGAAGGCGGUGGUGGUGGAUGGAAAUCAAAAGAAGAAGGCAGUGGUGGUGGUGGAUGGAAACCAAGAGAAGAAGGAGGUGGUGGUGGAUGGAAAUCCAGAGAAGGUGGUGGCGGUGGAUGGAAACCCAGAGAAGAAGGCGGUGGUGGUGGAUGGAAAUCGCGUGAAGACGGUGGAGGAGACAGAAGAAACAGAUUUGAUGGUGAAAGAAGAGGAGGUUUCAAUAAAGACUCAGGCGAUCGAAGCAGUUUCCGGAAACCAUGGGAUAAAGCUGGAGGUGAUAGAUCAGGUGGAACAAAGUCACCUAAGCCCGACACAGUUGGAGGGAUGCCUCAUUCCACUGUCAAAGUUGGGCAGACGGAUAAAGUGGAAGUUUGCUUCACAACCUCGCCUCUUGACUUUUACGUUCAGCUGAGCAACACGUUCGAGGAACUAACCCAACUGAUGGACAAGAUUGCUACCGGUUGUGACUCUGGUGAUAUAUCAGACACGACGGAUGUCCAAGAGAAGUCAGGAUGUCUAGCAAAAUACUCAGAAGAUGACUCUUGGUACCGAGCGGUUGUCUUAGAAAAGAGCUUUGACUCAGUCAAAGUACUCUUUGUUGACUAUGGCAACGAGGAAAAUGUAUCAACGGACAAAAUUAAGACUCUACCAGAAGAUAUGAUAACAUUGCCAGUACAAGCCAUCAAAUGCAGACUGCUGGGUGUGCCAGAAACUGCUGAAACCGAACCUUUCAAAGCCUUGGCAGAAGGCAAGCCUCUCAAAACACAGUUUGUGUCAAGAAAUUUCAUCACCAAAAGUUUUGAGGUUGUGCUGGUAGAUGAGGAAACCAAUACAAACAUCAAUGUAGCGAUGGGUGCAUCAGAAGACUCCGUCCAGUCAAGCCUUUCCAAAAUGGGCUCCUUGACACAGACAACUCUGAAUUACCCAGCUGGCUCAGUCAUCACCUCACAGCUGACCUGGUACCUGAGCCCCUCACAGUUGUAUCUGCAGCCAAUGGACUCCAACCCAGAGUUCCGAGCCAUGAUGCAGGCCAUGCAAGCCAUAGUUCGCACCGGAACUGUCAAACAGAACACGGAUCUAAAUGUCGGCGACUUUGUCAUAGCCCGCUUCAAGGCAGACAAAGUACUCUACCGAGCUCUCGUGCAGGAAUCUGGAUUCGUCCCCAAAGUACAGUACGUGGAUUAUGGCAAUGUAGAAGUGGUGGACAGUGGUAGUGUAUGGGCGAUGGAGACAGAGUUUGCGUAUCUGCCAAUACAAGCUGUCAGCUGCUGUCUAGCUGGCGUACAGCCUACGGGAGAGGCUUGGCCUGCACCCAAUUCAACCGCAUUGGACUCGUAUUUCGAAGCAGAUACUUUUGAUUGCACAGUGGUCAAAGAAUUGGAGGGAGAGAACAACAUUCAAUACCUCGUCAAACUAGUAAAGCAAGGUGAAGAUGUUGCCCAGAAGAUCAUAGAAGCCGGUUUAGCGGUUGGUGGAUCAAAUGCUGUGGGAGUGGCCAGUGAAUUGGACACCAACCUGAUUGUAGGCCAGGCAUUGCCUGUCACUUUGCUGAAGGUACAGGAGGAUUACACUGUCUACGUCCAACCAGCCUCUGAGGAUGGAGAGUUGCAGAGCCUAGAGUUCCAGCCAGGUCAAGGUGUCAAGUGUGUAUUGAGCAAUGUCAAAGAAACAGCAACUGACGAACAACGGCAAGCCUUCACUCAGCUACCUGCUGACACAUACGUCAUCAUGCUGGUCGACGCAGUACAGAGUGAAGGAUUGCAAGUGACACUGUUUGACGGCGAAGGGCAGCUACUUGACCUUCAAGAGAAUGAGGUGCAGUCAGUAGAGAAGGUCUGUCCCAUGCCCAUCCUCAACAUGCAUCAGAAGGUCUGGAUCGCACACGCCAGUGAAGACGGCAUCUUUUUGCACAAAAUCGCAUAUGCUGAUCUUCUAGCAGAUUUACUCCAGAAGCUUUAUGAAUUUUACAAUGACUCUGAACCUGUCGAACAAGAAUGGAAUAAUGGUAACCUCUGCUGUGCUAAAUCAGUUGCCGAUGAACAAUGGUACAGAGCUAAAAUAUUGGAAACUGGAGAAGAAACUAAAGUUCAAUAUGUUGACUAUGGAAACACUGAAGUUAUUCCUUCCUCCCAUCUGCGACAGCUCGACGCAUCUUUCUACACACCACAUGCUCUCGCUUUGCCCGUGUCUCUUCAUGUGACUUGGUCCGUCCCAGUGGAAACCCUGAUGGAACUAGCAGGAGAAACUGAGUACAACGCUGUCAUUCUGAGGAACAAAACCGGAUGGAUUGUUGAGUUGGUGGACAGUUCAGGACAGAGUUUGACUGAAAAGUUAGUAGAGUUGGGAUUUGUUGUGGCUCUAGAUAACUCACCAUUCAAAAGGGUCGUAGAAGGAGGCAGAUUCGCUGAGGGCUCUGAUAUUCCAAUAUCAGUCUCUUUUAUUGACUCCCCUUUGCAGCUAUGGAUUCAUGUCGGUGAUGAUAUUGAGCUCAUCGAAGCUCUACAAGACAGAUUGCAGGAUGCCGCUCCAAAACUUCUCCCUCUCAGAGAAGCCACUGGAAUGUUUGCUGCCAAAUUUUCAGAUGGACAAUGGUAUAGAGCUCUCAAGUUAGAUGAUACGUCAGCCAGAUUUGUUGAUUAUGGAAACUCUGAUGUAGUUGACAUGUCAGAUAUUAAAGCCCUAUCUCCAGACUUUUUAGAACCUGCCGAGGGUUAUGCUGUCAAAUUGGAACUGCCUAUUGAAGAGUUCAAGGAAGGUGCCAAUGAGAAACUUGAAGAAUUGCUGAUAUCGUCAGAAAUCAGUAGCGAAGAAGAAGUAAUUGCUCACAUUCUAUCGGUGAAAGAAAAUUCAAUUGUCGCAGACAUCAAAAAAGGUGGCAAAAGUAUUGUAGACAUCCUGGUCGAAGAGAAGCUUGCUACUAAAAAGGCAAAGGUUUUCUCAGGAUUUGUGAGUAAUAUCAACAGUUUAAAUGAUUUCUUUGUUCAAGAAGUUGGCUGUGAAGAAAGCCUGGAGAUGAUUGUUAAUGCUUUGACGGCAGCAGAAACUUUUGAGACAGUGUCAGAAGUGAAUGAAAAUGAUUUAGUAGCAGCUCUUUUUACUGAUGAUGGUUCGUGGUAUCGAGCAAAGGUGACUAAAAAGUCUGAAAAUGGAAUUGAAGUACUUUUUAUAGAUUACGGAAACUCUUCUAUUUCAACUGAAUUCCGAACCCUACCUCCUGAACUAGCGGAGAAAACAGCUUUAGCUAAACAUUGUGCCUUGCAACUGCCUGAAGGUGUAGAAGAGUGGACAGAAUCGGCACUUGAAAAAUUUAUGGAAAUAUCUGCAGAAGGCUGUACUCAGUUUGAUUUAAAACUAAUAACUGAAGGGGAUCCAGCAAUUGUUGUCUUACACAGCAAUGACAAAUGUGUAAAUGAAGAGUUAAAACCUUUCUGUGAUUCAAAUGCUCCCGUGACCGCUAAGACUGAAAGUGCCUCUCCAGACCUGACUGGGUAUGACAAAGUUGUGUAUAUUAGUCAUAUUAAUGGUCCUAAUGAUUUCUACAUUCAAGUAGACGGUGCCGAAACUGAACUGGAUACUCUCAGAGAUGAACUCACUGAUGUGAGCUCAUUUGAGACCUUAGAGAACAUCACAGAUGAUAUGAAAAACCAGAUUUUUGGAGCUUUGUUUGUAGAUGAUGAGUCGUGGUAUAGAGCCAAACUAUUGAACAUAAGCGAAGAAGGAACCAAAGUGUUGUUUGUGGAUUAUGGUAACUCUGCAAUUACUAGUCAAUUUGUGAAGCUCCCAGAAAAAUUUUUAGAAAAAGAACCAGUAGCUCUUCAUUGUACCUUUGGGGGAAAACAUUGGUCUGAAGAAGCCAACAACUGCUUUGUUGAACUUGGUGGAGAAGGUACAGUUCCCUUCUCUAUGAAAGUUUUAAAAGAUUCAGACCCAAUGUUAGUUAGUCUGGCUAGUGAGAACAUGAUUGUUGAACAAAAACUAUCAACCUUUAUCAAUGAUACGCUGCUAAACUCAGAAGAGACAUCUGAAGAGCCUACUUCCAAGCUUUCAUCAUCAGAACCAGCAGAAACUAUUGCAGAUGAAAGCAUAAUAAAGACUGUAUUCUUGAUACAUGUGAAUUCGCCUAAUGAUUUUUUCCUCCACACAGCAGAAGCUACUCAACUUUUGACAGUUAUAGAUGAACGACUUGUUGCUGCUGAAGAGUUUCCACUCCUCGGAAAUGACUCCAUUUCUAAGGGUAAAAUUGUAGCCGCUCAAUUUGAUGAAGACGACUUGUGGUAUCGAGCAAAAAUAAUUGAUCAUUCAGAAAAUGAAAUAAAAGUCACUUUUAUUGACUACGGUAACAGUGUAAAAGUAGCUAAAUUAAAAGAGCUUCCUGAUGAUCUAUUGAAGAUACCUGCUCUAGCAAUGAACUGCGCUUUAGUCAAACCGGGAGAUGGUGAAUGGGACGUAGUAACAAGUGACAUGUUCAACAAACUUGCAAAUGAAGACGGAGUCUCAUUUGAAUUAAAAAUAAUCUCUGAUGGUGAACCCAAUUUAGUAUCUCUGUAUACAAAUGGCGAGUCGGUUGCUGAACAGUUGAUCGUUGCUAGUAGUAUGUCGCAAGUGGAUGACUCAAACGUAACUGGAAGAAAUGCAGAAGAAAACAACCAGGAUCUACAAAAAGAAGCCAAAAUGCAAGACAUGAUUAUGGAAAGUGUUGAUAAUAAAAUAGAAAACAUCAAACUGGAAGAAGACAUGAAGCAGAUUGUGGAGGAUUCACUUGCAAAUGCACUCAGUUCAAAUUUGGGUGAAUCCUCUAUAGAAACAGAACAAGAAGUAGACAGUGCUGAAAGUAGUCCGGUCAAAAAUGAUGAAAACAACAAAAUCCUGGAAGAUCAGUUUGUUAGUGAGGUAGUAGAAGGAAGCAAACAUGAAGCUGAAAUUCAAGACAUGAUCAUGGAAAGUGUUGAUGCGAAAAUAGAAAACAUGCAACUACAAGAAGACAUGCAGCAGAUUGUGGAGGAUUCGCUUAAAAAUGCACUCAGUUCAAAUCUGGAUGAAUCCUCUGUAGUAACAGAACAAGAAGUAGACAGUGCUGAAAGUAGUCCGGUCAAAAAUGAUGAAAACAAAAUCCUGGAAGACCAUUCUGUUAGUGAGGUAGUUGAAGAAAGCAAACAUGCAGCUGAAAUGCAAGAUAUGAUUAUGGAAAGUGUCGAUGCGAAAAUAGAAAACAUGAAACUACAAGAAGACAUGCAGCAUGUAGAUAAUUUUGAAACAGAGAAAGAAGUAGCCAGUGCUGAAAGUCUAAUAAAAAAUAUUGACAACAACAACAUCCAAGGAGUAGACCAGUUUGUAAGUGAGGUGAUUAAAGAAAGCAAGCAUGUAACAUUAGAUACGAGUUCUUCAAAUGGUGUUAGUAACGUCCAAGAAGAUGAGGACAAAUCGAUGAAGAAUCCCGAAACUUCUGAUUCCGUGAAUGAGGCUGAAUCAAAAAGUAAACAUGACAGUGCCAAGACUGAUACUUCCGGGUCUCCAACGACUCCACGGCGUUACAAUGUUGAUGAUCAUAUUGUACCUGGAUGUAUUUCCAGUGCCAUACCUGAAGGCUCAUCUGAUAAGUAGUUUGUUGUAAAAGUGAUGAGAUUGAGACACCAUGAAUUCAGUCAGUUUAUAUUUUAUAAUUACCUCAUCUGGUGUCCAAAUUGUGAUACUGUUUCAAGAACUAUUUUUAUAUCUAAAUUUUUAGUCUUUGUUUCUGUUAAAAAUAUUACCAUGGUAAUUAACUUAGUUGUAAGAUUUGAUAUGGUAAAUUAAAAGAAUCCAACCGGUGCUGUUUGACAAGAUGUAAAAUUCAGAUUACCGCUGGAUUUCCCUAAUAUCCAGACUACCAAUUUCCAUUGAAAUGGGAGAUUAAAUUAUCCCAAUUUUCAUAACAUCUUGUAUUAUAAAUCUGUAAAUAUGUUAAAGUUAUUUGUUUUUUAUUACAUGUUUAAUUUUUUAUGUUAAUACAAAGUCUUAGAAUUAAUCUAGCAAUACAUUUUUGUUCACUUUUAGAUAUCCUUAAGUAAUAGAUGAUGGUAUUGUACUUUUAGUUGCAGUUUUUUGUUAGAAUCAAAUUUUGUUGAGAACAUUAUGUUUGAACUUUUUCACAACCCUGUGAUAAAUAUAUUUGAAAGUUCCUGUAAUUUUUUCCAGACAUUAAUAUACUCUUUACCACAUAGUUAUUAACACAGGAUGUUUUCAUCAUGCUGCUACUUCUAAGUUAAUUCAUCCAAAAUGUUUUCUUACUUGUAUUUUGCUGCAAAGUUCCAUAAUAAACACAUGUUUAUAAA